GUUUUCCUCUUUAAUUGACACAUGUGAGUCGCCCUGCUGCAGCCAAACAAGCGCGAAGUGGGAGCAUUAUAAAGACGUCACCCCAAGCUCCGACCGUGCCAGCGAAGUGCGCAGCUCCUAACUACACAACUCCAAUCUCUGAAUGCCUACAGACGUUGCACACAGUUUGUCACAGCCAUUCAAAUCAUCGAUGUAAGCUUUCUGACACUCUAAUCUGCGGUGGGUCAGCAGCGGUAACGCAUUGGCGUUGGCACCGGACAUUUCGGAAUCGUUGUGGGACUCGAAGUCCUGAACGGAACGUUUCAACGGAGCUCGCACGUUUUUAACCAGAGGUAGGACACGGGGCUUCUGGAGGUAUUUCUAACUGCGACAAUGUAUUUAUGUGAGCCUAAUCAAGAGUUUGUGCGAAUGUGCGUUGGGGAGUGCGUAAACGCGUGCCCCCGUGUGCAGUUUGCGGUUUGCAGAAGUAGGCUUGGAACAUCCAAAUUUGGUCCUUUAAAAUAUGUCAGAAUGAGAUGUUGAUGGGGCGAGAUUAACUGCCUUAUUACUCAGCGCUCCUACCCAAAUCAGUUACACCGAGGGAGCUCCUUUAGCCUCCCAAUGACUCUGCAUCUUGCUAUUGCGAAUGGUUGUGUUAUUGUAGCUUCCAGAGUAAAUUAAACAAGCGCUUACGGAAUCUAGAGGAAAAGUAGAAGCCAGCUACGCACUUCUCUACACCGUUUUCAUCUUGCCUCGCUGAGGCACGCCCACUUCCACUGAGCAAGGCAAGGGCUGGAUGUGCUGUGCUCGUGAGGCACGCAUGUAUUUUUUUGCCAGCCACCUCCACAGACAGCUAGCCAGUCAGGCGUUUGAACGACGCUCGAGCUGCUGUCGCUUGGUGUCAGCAUAUGGGCUCGUGGAGUGGCAUACUGCUGUCUGCCCGCCUCGGGCCAGAGGUCUCGGGUGAAGUUUGUGCAGCACGAGAGGACAGGAAGAUACGUCGCUGAGGAAGCGUCCGAUGGGUUUUAAGCCCUUUAAAACCGGGCAGAGCCCAUUCUGUCUUUCUAUCAACAGGGGGCAGUCCACCACAAAACUGGUCUGUCUGGGGCCCCAGGGAGGGAGGCAGCAUCAUGGAGGAGGUGGCCCCCCAGCGGCCCCUUCCCCUUCCCCCUCCCCCUCCGCCUCCACCUCCCAACAGGCCGGUGCGCGGGCUCCAGGAGUGGAGGAAGAGGGUGAAGUCGGAGUACAUGAGGCUGCGGCAGCUCAAGCGCUUCCGCAAGGCGGAGGAGGUGAAGGCCCUGUUUCUCUCCAACCGGCAGAAGAUUGAGACCAGAACUCAGCUGCUAAACGAGGAGUGGUCCAAACACAGAAUCCAGUCCAUCCCACUUGCCACAACUGCAGGGGCUCUGCCCAACAAAAAGCUUUGCAUUGUGGAAUUCAGUUGCCCGUCCUUCCAGAAGCAGACGGUUGCUAUGCGACCGCUAACAACAGUUGCUGGGAUACCAUUUAUGUACUCAUGGUCUCCUCUGCAGCAAAACUUCAUGGUGGAAGAUGAAACGUUUCUGCACAACAUCCCGUACAUGGGCGACGAGGUACUAGAACAGGACGAGGCCUUUCUGGAGGAGCUGAUCGACAACUACGACGGUGUCCAUGGUGACAGAGAGGGAGGCUUCAUCAACGAUGAGAUCUUUAAGGAGCUGGUGGAGGCUCUGAGCCAGUACUCGGACUACGAGGAGGAGGAGGAGGAGGAGUCAGAGAAGGAAGGAGAGAAGAAGAAGUGCGCGGAGGAGGAGGAGUCCAAAGAAGCCCCUGUCAGCCUGCUCAGGAGGAAGAGGAGGGGGCUAAACGAAAGCCAUGAAGUCUCCAAAAGCCUGAAGAUGCCUCAUGACAAGAUCUUCAUUGCCAUCGCCUCCAUGUUCCCCUACAAAGGCACCAUGGAGGAGCUGAAAGAGAAGUACAAGGACCUCUUGGAGCCCCCGAGUCCAGUGAAGUGCCCGCCGCUGUGCACUCCCAACAUGGACGGUCCGUACGCCAAGUCCGUCCAGCGCGAGCAGAGCCUGCACUCCUUCCACACCCUCUUCUGCCGACGCUGCUUCAAGUACGACUGCUUCCUCCACCCUUUCCAUGCCUCUCCCAAUGUUUACAAGAGGAAGAGCAAGGAGAUCCGCAUGGAGACUGAGCCAUGUGGGCUGGACUGCUUCCUCCUGCAGAAAGGUGCGAAGGAGUUUGCGGACCAGAACAUGUUGAAGUCCCAGCGUUCUCGGCGGCGGCGGCGUCAGCGUCAGCCCCGUGCCUCGGGCUCUGGGGGCCCGGCCUCCUGCGGCUCUGCUGAGGAGAGCAAGGACGCGGACGGGGACAGUGACCACGAGACGACCAGCUCCUCAGAAGGUAACUCCCGCUGCCAGACCCCCACUAAGCCGCGGCUGGAGGAUGGCGAUGGUGAGAGGGGCGAUGAGGACGUGCGUGCCCCAGAAGAGCAGCAGUGGAGCGGGGCGGAGGAGUCCCUCUUCAGGGUCCUCCAUGGCACAUACUUCAACAACUUCUGCUCCAUCUCCAGACUCAUCGGCACCAAGACCUGCAAACAAGUCUAUGAGUUUGCGGUGAAGGAGGUCCUCAUUCACCGUAUGCCUGUGGAAGACGGAGGGGUGUCUCCGCAGAAGAAGAAGAGGAAGCACAGAUUAUGGGCGAAAAUUCAACUGAAAAAAGAUAGCUCGUCCAAUCAGGUGUAUAAUUACCAACCAUGUGACCAUCCUGAGCACCCGUGUGACAGCUCCUGCCCCUGUGUCAUGACCCAGAACUUCUGCGAGAAAUUCUGCCAGUGUGACCAUGAGUGUCAGAACCGUUUCCCGGGCUGCCGCUGUAAAACGCAGUGCAACACUAAGCAGUGUCCGUGCUACCUGGCCGUGCGCGAGUGUGACCCUGACCUCUGCAUGACCUGCGGGGCGUCCGACCACUGGGACAGCAAGCAGGUCUCCUGCAAGAACUGCAGCAUCCAGAGGGGGCUCAAGAAGCAUCUGCUGCUGGCUCCCUCAGAUGUGGCUGGAUGGGGAACCUUCAUCAAAGAGUCCGUUCAGAAGAAUGAGUUUAUCUCUGAGUACUGUGGAGAGUUAAUUUCACAGGACGAGGCUGACAGGCGCGGGAGAAUCUAUGACAAAUACAUGUCCAGCUUCCUCUUCAAUCUGAAUAACGAUUUUGUGGUGGACGCCACUCGCAAAGGGAACAAGAUCCGCUUCGCCAAUCACUCCGUCAAUCCCAACUGCUAUGCCAAAGUUGUCAUGGUGAAUGGAGACCACCGCAUUGGGAUCUUUGCCAAGCGAGCGAUUCAGCAAGGCGAGGAGCUCUUCUUCGAUUACAGAUACAGCCAAGCAGAUGCACUGAAGUACGUGGGGAUCGAGAGGGAGGUCGACGUUGUGUAAUUAAUUACACGGCACGGUCCUCCAUACCAUGAACUUUGACCUCAGAUCGUGAGGUGUAACAUCUACAGUACUUUCCCCACGAUGCCACCGUGGUGCUCCACCACACUCGCUCCGGUCUUUACACCGUAGAGCUUCUGCCGUCCAUCUUUGCAGCAAUGGCUCCAACCCCUCCGGACAUUUCAAGGCAACUACUCUACUUACACAACCAACCACACACACCACUACACACCCUGAGCACCACCCCACCCCACCCUGGUUCCUCUGUGACUUAUCAGUGUACUGUGUUUGAUCUUAGCUCAGACUCCGUUUUGUGCACCUAGUGCGACUGCUCUUCAAGCAAGCAGUCACGUUCUAUUUACCGUACUCACCCACUUACUCAGUCGUUCAGCAUCCUAUUAGCUCUAUUGUUCCGUAAGCUAGCAUCCUUUCAUCGGUCGACAGAGACCACACACUAUGCCUGGGUGUCGUAAUGCACAUACUAUACUGUUGUAGUCAACCUAGUCCUGUACCUGUAGUACCGCACUUUGCUCUGGAUCUCUGUCUUGCUAACAUUUUCAUUUCAGCUAGCAUAUAGCUGAAGGUAUAGGCUAAACUGCUUUACUGCACUGCACUGCACUGCUAGACUACAGUAGUUAUCUCAUUCCUCUGCAAGCUCCGCUGGGUACCGCCUGUGUAACCUGGCUUCUCCGCACCUCCACUCAAUAUGUGUAUCUCACAGGGCAGCUAACUGAACGCUUGGCUGUGUAGGAGACUAGCUAUGCUAAGUCAUAGUCAAGUGAUCGCCCGUGUCAUUUCAGUAUGUGCUAGUUUGGCCCUACAUAUGGCGUCCAUGGUUUUCCCGACUUCAAGAUCUGUCUUAGUAAUUUUAAAUGGUAUGCACCAUUUGCACCACUUACCAAUAUCCGUUUGAAAAAGGCCUGAGAAAAAAAAAUGAUAAUAAUAAGCCGACCUAUUGAAUGUGUACCGUCGCUUUGACAAGAAGCCCAUCCGUUCUGCCGAUUACAAAAAAAAUAUUUUCAUUUCAAACAACAAGAGGCCUUUCUGCUCAAAGAUGGUUUGAAAAAAAAACAGCUCUCCUCCACAUCUUUGAAAUCAUUCUCCGUCAUUGCUUACAAAUAUUGUACCGCUGAGGCGAUUUGUAGAGAUUCUGAAGUGAAAAUAACAACAAUGAGGUCAUUGCUCUCUCUUUCUCUCUCUCUCUCUCUCUCUCUCUCUCUCUCUCUCUCUCUCUCUCUCUCUCUUUUUUUUGGUGUUAGUUCUAAACUCUAAAAGGGAACAGAUGGACUUUGGAAGACUGAUAGAGCACAAGGAAAUCAUCAUGGCAAGACUUCAAAAGAAUAGCCUAGAAUACAUAUGCACACAUCAUUUACUCCAGAAGGAGAAUCCAGAUCAGGGGUCCGUAUCUCGAAAGCGUCUUUGCUAACGACGGUAGCAACGUCCUUCGUAAGAGCGACUCAACUCUCUCUCGACAGCGACGCUCACCACUAAAUCCAAGGGAAUAGUAAGACGGUCUUAAGACGGUUAGCAACGACACGAAUCGAGAAACGGACCCCAGAUCAAUUAUACAGUACGUAACCCAAUCACAAGCACCUCGUCAGUAAUGUGUUUUCAAAACUGUGAGAUUGUGCCUGGCCUGCCCGAUUUAUGCCUGGCCUAAACACAGUAUCAAUUUUGGAUUUAGAUUUAGAGUUGCAGGGUAACAUUGAAAGCAACCUCUACCGCUUUCUACUGGUGAAGUGACAACAUAACAUCCGUUGAUAGGGCGAAAGUUAUUGGGUUGUAGAUUCAAAGCUCUGUCAGACUUCUCUCCCUCACAUCACGGGACAUUCUGACUUACCUUGGUCCUCAAACAGAUUGACAACAGCAUUUGCAUUAAUUAGACAUAGUUCAAUUAUUCAUGCACAAUCACAUUAUGGAUUGAGCUGCUCCCCAAAACUUUGAGAUUUUGGUAUUUGGAAGAGCACCAUUAAGCAACUUGGUAAACAGGUUAUGUUCAUGAGUUACUGCAAUUCUUUACAUUUCAGAGAUUUCAAAAUCUACCACACACUAAAAUUUGCUGUUUACAAGACUUUUGUUAUUAUCAUCUCAAAUGAACACUUUGUUGAAAGACGUGUUACCAAAAAAAGAAACCAAGCCUUACGUUUUUUUAAGUCCAAUGAAGAAGAUGUUUACAAGUAAUUCAUACUAAGCUAUUCCUAUCUCUCAAUGUGUCAUAAAACCCACUAUGAAGUUACCCUGAGGGCUACCAAAAAGAUAGACCUUAAAAACAUAAAAGGGCAUGAGUGGGAGCGUUAUAAGCACUAUGCUAAGUACAGCUCUUUGCUGUGCGUCCAGGUGUCAUGUACAGGACAAGGAUGCACGCAUUUUGUGUGCAUACUAGAUUGGAAGGUUACAUUUCAAAGACUGCCACUGUUCUGGUGGAUAACAAGGAUACAAGGGUGCAUGUCUGUGUGCAAGAUUGGAGAGUUACGUAACAGAUGCCACGUAAUUUGGAAUGUAAUAGUCGACUACGUUACUUUAAGGGGUUUCACCUCAGCAACAUUAACCAACCCUUUGGGUCUAUUGAGUGAACAGUCUCAUCCCAACUCGUCAAUUCCUGACUACCAUUGACGAGGCCAUAUUUUUUGACGUGGAGGCCAUACCUGCCACAUUGCAUGUUGACAAGGUCUUUAAACCCUAGACCUUGCCUUAACCCUAACCAUCAGUGAACUUAUGCCGCCACAUGGGGCGUCACGUUUUGACGCCAAGGUCAUGCCUUAGACCUCAAAAAUUGACAUAGAGUCCAAGAUAGUCAGAAAUUGAUCUCACCAACGGUGGGUGUGUGUAGCUCCGGAGCACCCUGGUGGAGCGGAGCUAAACACACUACCGUCUGGUAGCACCAAAGUUUCUUUUCAUAAUUGGCCGUCUCUGGUAGAGCUGGCAUUAACAUGCUCUUCUUGAGUAGAAAAUAAAUGGAGCAUUUAUUGCUUAAAUAUCAACAGCAGCUCACACUGAUGAGUCACAGGACAGAUUCUAGACUAUGUUGACUCUUUACAGAUGAACAGAAAACGUUUUUUGGAGGAAUUUGUCGGUAGUGAGUUGCAAUAAAUUCACCAUUUAUUUUCGAGAAAGGCGUAUGAACGGCAGUGCUACCAGAUGGUAGUUUGUGUACACACACGCACCGUCACUGAGAACCAGGCUAGAUGCAAUGUAGAUUGAGUUGAAAGGGUUGGUUAAUUGUCCUGAGGUGAACCCCUGUCAGGUGGCGUAGUCAAGUCCAAAAUACAUGCCCACUGUUACAGUUACAUUUGAAAGGCUGCUACUGUGUACUGGUGGAUAACCUACUACAGCUGUGGCUAUGCAGGGCAGGUCUGCUGAGGAGUGGUAGGGAUGACACAUGAGCAUGUGUACAGUGGGUACACCACCAGGUGUGUGCAUGUGGGUGCAUGCUUGCACUCACCCCACUCGACUGUCUCCUUUGCCUGAGAGAUAUAUUACAUACAUACAGUACUGUACGGUACAUUCAAAUUGUCAUGUAUAGCCUACCCGUCCCCUCAUUCCAAGAAAAGAUUGUAUGUCAAGCAAUCUGAGACUUGUGUGCGCUUCUGUGCUGAAAUUACAUGAAAAAAAUGCUAUUGGGUCGCCUGUCAUGUAAAUGUAAGCAGAUGUGUAAGAAAGAAAUAAACUACAUUUAUACUGUA